GCGGCUCGGCCAAUCCCCUGAGGCGGAGAAGGACGACACCCAGGAUGUGUCCCGAAGACCACUUGGCCCCAGGAGGCACCAGUGCUAGCCAUGGGGGUGCAGCCCCCUAACUUCUCGUGGGUGCUCCCCGGCCGGCUGGCGGGGCUGGCCCUGCCCCGGCUCCCCGCCCACUACCAGUUCCUGCUGGACCAGGGUGUGCGGCACCUGGUGUCACUGACGGAGCGCCGGCCCCCGCACAGCGACAGCUGCCCCAGCCUCACCCUGCACCGACUGCGCAUCCCAGACUUCUGCUCGCCGGGCCCAGAGCAGAUCGACCGCUUCUUGAAGAUUGUCGACGAGGCCAACGCCCGGGGAGAGCUUACCCAGGUGAGGACAUCUCUCAAAGAGAAGAACCUACAGUUCCAAGCGUUCAGGCUAAAACAGAGGAGUGAGGGCUUCCCUGGUGACGCAGUGGUUGAGAGUCUGCCUGCUGAUAAAGGGGACACGGGUUCGUGCCCCGGUCCGGGAAGAUCCCCCAUGCCGCGGAGCGGCUAGGCCCAUGAGCCAUGGCCGCUGAGCCUGCGGGUCCGGAGCCUGUGCUCCACAACUGGAGAGGCCACAGCAAUGAGAGGCCCGCGUACCGCAAAAAAAUAAAUAAAUAAAUAAAUAAAACCGAGGGGUGAGAAGUAGCUGAAGAGGGGAAGCACUGAAGCCCUUACCCUCUGCUCGUCGAAGUGCCCUCUGCCCUGCCCACCCACCCCCUCCUCCCACAACAGCGUGACCCAUUCUGUUUCCUGAUGCAAACCAGAGCAUCUUCCAAAGGAGUAUUUUGAUUGUGUGUGCAUGUGCGUGUUUGUGUGUACACGCAGAGCUGGUGGGGCAGGAAGGGUAUGAACAGCCCACUUCCUGCAUCCCUUCCCUCCAAUUACCAGGAUGGAGGGAGAGAAGAAGCAGGCUUGAAGCUGCACCCCGGAGUUCUGUCUCUGAUCCCAGCCCGCUGGAGUCACACAACCGUUCCUCACGUUGUCUGCCCCUCCGUUCCUAUCUUAACUCCAUCCCCCCACAUCCUCUGCCCUGCAGGAGAGGAACCUGCCCUUCUCUUUCUCCCAAGCCUCUUUCAAAGGAGAGGAAAAAUUUUUCUAACACCAUUAAAACCCUGUGUGCAGCCUCCAUCCCUAUAAGUUCAGCAGGUCUCCUCUGCCUCAAGAGUUCCUCAGGGCAAUAAACAUACAAUUAUGUGCUUAAGGAAAUUGGUUUUUAAAUAAGUAAGAGUUGACUUGAAAUGAAAAACUCUGCCCUUGGCCUUCCAUCUACCUUAAGAGGUUAGCCUGAGUCUCUCUUUGGGCUCAUUCCCACCCCACCCCCAAUUUUUUGCCUUCGCACCACACCCUCUUCUGUAUAUGGCCACCAAAGAGGGAUUGCAGACUAGCUGUGACCCUUCCCCAUUCUACCCCACACUGAGAUGACAGGUGAGAGGAACAAGCUGCUUCCAUUGACAAAGAACCUCCGCGUUGCAUCAGACCAGGCUUGCUCAACGCCAGCACUACUGACACUAGGGUCUGGGUAGCUCUUUGCUGUGUGGGCCAUUCUGUGCUCUGUAAGGCAGUUAGCAGGAUCCCUGGCCUCUAUCCAUUAGAUGCCAGUAGCAUGCACCCCCCAAAAAAUGUGACAACCAAAAGUGUCCCCGGACAUUGCCAUACGUCCCCCGGGAGGACAAAAUCGUCCCCAGUUGAAAACCACUUCAUCAGACCAACAAGCGCCACAUGCGACCAUAGGCUUUCAUUUCCUAUGGGAGUAGAUGUGGGAGCAUACGUGGGAAUUUCACCUGUGGACGCACACAUCCUCAUAGGGGAGAAAGGGCCAAUCGAACCCCAUCACACACCAUUACCUUUUCAAGCAGUGUCUGGUACCUGUCCCCAGUCCCUCUCCUCUCCCCAGGCUGGGUUUCCAAGAGGGUGAUAGACACCAUUAACUUUCUACACGCAGGAGGGCUUUAUUCUCAGUGAGUUGCUGGUGGGCAUAGCUGUAAUGUCAGCUUCCACCCUCAUGUUUUUAAAGUUUCAUUCAUGUUUAUUCUCUGACAUGUGAUCUGAGUUCCCUGCUGAAUGGAGGCUUUUCUCUGUGGAAAACAUCCCCCUUAUCAAUUGGGUUCCGCCCUUGUCACCUCUUGGGUCCCUCUCCCAGAAAACUGUUUUGAUGCAGAAGCAACUGGAGUCAGGACAGGAGGAGCCCUUCUUUGAGACCAUCCCUCCCUGGCCUGGUUCCCCACCUCCACUUCACCGGCAGCACGCCUGGACUGGGGUCCGCUUGCUCUCUGGGCUGCAAGCUCCGUGACUGCCUCCCAGGCCAUGAGUCCCAGCACACAGCUUCCCGCUGCAGACAUAGGGCUACAUCCUGUGCACUCACUGCGGCUCCCCGCACCUCUCUUGGAGCUGUGCUUUGUGAUCACCCUUACAGGGCGGCUCGUCACCGGCUAAGAGGUCUGGUCCUCAUGCAGACCCUCUCCACCUGUCCCCCAUGAUCCCCCAGAUCAGGUCUUCCCAGGGCAGUGAUGAACAUGUCACCCAGGGCAGGGAUUUGAUCCAAACCAUAAGCCAUUUCCCAGAAUGAACUGCAUUCAUCUGCCAAGCUUCACAUCAAACCUGCUGUCUGUAUCUUGCCGUUCUUUCUAAGAAACAAAUUUGGUCUCACAGGAUUGCUUUGUCACCAGACACUAUCAGUUACCACGAAUGCAUUUCAUGCUUUGCUGUGACUGUACUUUGCUUACUUAUAUCAUCAUUUAUGAAGUGCCUACCGUAUAGCAGGUGUUUUACAUACAUUGCACUGUAUCAGUUUAUCCUUGUAGUCACUCUGCAAGUCAAGUAUUUUCCCCUUUGUGCAGAUGAAGGGGCUGAGGUUUAGAGACCAGUAGGAGCUUCAUACACUUGUAGUAAAGGAGCUGGGAUUGAACCCAAGUGGUGACUCCAGACCCAUCCUCCUUCCACCAGACACCGCACCUGCCAAGACCUCCCCCUAGUUCCAGUUACACAGGGGUCUGUCUUUAUGAUCAGAACUUUACCUCUA